CCUUCUUCCGUCCGUGUGCAGUGAGGACUCCGAGUAUGAACAUGAGAUAAUUGACGAAGUGGGAAUUACAUUUCAUGGGUCCCAUCUCCAAAGCUACGUUUCAGGAUCCAUCAAGUCGAAAGUGGAGGUUAACUACUUUAACAUUCUAUAUAUAGAGAAAAUUUGCAUGCAGACAAGAUCAAGAAGGCCAGGAGUCCACCAAAAUAUGAUCACGCAUAAUUGCACCAUCUCUACCCCCACUACCAACACCACUAACAAAGAAGAACAGACGCAUUUCGAAUUUUCUUUUUAUCCAUCGCACUGAGUUGACAAAUGACAAUAAAAGAAGCUACCAGAAUGUCGGAAAAUGUCACCUUUACGAUGCCUAUAUGUAAAGGCCCUGUCUUGACCUUUUUCACUCGCAAGGUACCGAUUGCUCAAAGUGAUCAGUAAACAUAGAAAAAUCUUGAUCUCCAUAUUAACCUUAUUCAACCUACGUUGAGUUUUGGUAUUUCAGAAAUGGCCAGCUCUAGGUUGGUUGCUGCUGCAUUCUUGGCUUUGCUCCUUGCUGACCUUGCCUUUGCAGCGAGAUUACCAAAGGUCAUAGUUGGGAAGAGUGGAGGUGGUGGUGGAGGAGGAGGGGGAGGUGGUGGUGGAGGUAGUUCAGGAGUUGGGUCCGGUUCAGGCUAUGGUUCAGGGUACGGGUCUGGGAGUGGUUCUGGAUAUGGUACUGCAGGAGGAGGCGGUGGUGGAAAGGGAGGAGGUGGAGGUGGUGGUGGAGGAUCCGGGGGUGCUUCAGGGUCUGGGUUUGGGUCCGGAAGCGGUUCUGGGUAUGGGUCAGGAUAUGGAUCAGGUGGUGGGAUUGGAGGUGGAGGAGGUGGCGGCCAAGGCGGCGGAGGAGGUGGAGGCUCAGGAAAUGGAGGUGGGUCUGGUUAUGGCUCGGGAUAUGGAAGUGGCAGCGGAUAUGGAAGUGGAGGAGGUGUUGGUGGAGGAGGAGGUGGUGGUGGUGGAGGAGGAGGUGGCGGCAACGGCAAUGGCAGCGGUUCUGGUUAUGGCUCUGGCUCUGGCUAUGGUAGUGGUUAUGGCUCCGGAAAAGGUUAUGGGGGCGAUGAAUUCCCAUGAACGUAAUAAACUUGAUCAGUUUCUACUUUAUAGCAUUUAAAUCAAUCUCAUGGUCAUUUGUAAUUUCAGAAUAAAUUGCAGCGGCUUCACCCUCACUUUAUGCAUGUUACGUGUUGGGUGGACGUUGCAAACGUCUAUGUCCGAACAUUUGCACCCUCUUCGACAGUGUUGUUGUUAUUAUAAUUAUUAUUAUACUUCUACGACAUAAAAUUAAAAGUUACUUUGUUGUUGUUAAA